AGAUCGAUGCCCCACCUGGGGAUCACUAUUCCGUUGCACUUCCUCGAACUCUCCACAGCCCAUCUCACGUCUCUUCAGAGUUGACUCCGUGGUAUUUUUUUGUACAAAGUUUUAACAAUGUCUCAGGGAAGAGAUGAACGAAUCAACCUAGUCCACAAAGAGCUAGACGAAGUUGCAUUGCGCCUUGUAAGUCCGACUUGUAAUGUCGCAUCUAUCGUGGACGUCAGCAACAACAAUUUAAUAGAUGUUUCAUUCCUGCAAUAUUUCCGUGUCGUACGAUCCGUCAUAUUGGAUCACAAUAAUUUAACCGAGAACAUCGAAUUCCCGCACAUGCCGAAUGUGAACCUCCUGUGGUUGAAUUACAACCGGAUCAACCACCUUUUCCCGUUCAUCCUGAAACUGAAGAGGAGCAUGCCCAACCUGAAACACCUGUCGAUGAUGGGGAACCCCAUUGUGCCGUCUUGCUGCGAAGACACCUACUACGAAUACGUGCAGUAUCGGCUCUACGUGUUGUCUUGGUUGGACAAAUUAGAAUACUUGGACGACAGUAGAGUGACCAAGUACGAGAGAGAAGAGGCUAAGAGAUUCUUCAAACAAAAGCACAGGAGCAGGCAUUCCAUCAUUUCAAGUGUUUUACAAAACGCGUACGGGAGAGUUAGGAAUAUAUUAACACCCCCUCAUGUCCAGGGUGAGAGAGUCAGUUCGGAUAUUGUGUGAAAAAUAUCUUUCUAAAAUUUUUAUUAUUAUUUUUUACAUAUAUAUAUUUUUUUUUUGUAAACCUGAGAGAUAUUUUGAUGAAGUGAUGAUAGUUCCUAACAACAAUCUUUUAUCAAGUAUGGUUAGCUAAAUAAUUAUCUACAUAUUGUAGAAAAGGUUAACAUAUUGAAUAUGUACUAUUUUGUUGAAUUGUAUUGUUUUACUUUUGUAAUUUUUCAACAAAAUUUAAAUUUCAACUGGCUUUUCUUUUGAAAAUCCCAUUUUAAAAUGUUUAAAGAACGCUUCUUAACUGAUCUAUAAGCUAUGGUAAAAAAAAAAAAGUAAAUAAACGAUAAAAGCUACUAAUAAUAAUGAUGACUAAUAAUAAAAAGAAAACUGACCAUUAGCUACUUUAAAAAAAUAAAUAAAAUACCCAGGAUAGUACGAGCUUAUAUGAAUAAUAAAUACUUUCUUGCAUAUUUAUGAUUUUCGGAUAAACUUAUUGACUAGCAAUUAAUUUUUGUGUUUAUUGGAC